GAUAUCCCCAUUGCACCACGUUGGAAUUGAAGUUCUGUUUACAAAAUUUUUUUCUUGAAAAUGUUUUAAAUUUUGCUGAAUUUUUGAACGAAAACUUGCAGUUUUUACAAAUAUGUCACGUCUUAUAGUAAAGAACCUUCCUAAGAAUAUAACAGAGGAGCGAAUGAACACCAUCUUUGCAGAAUUGGGGCAGAUCACGGACUUAAAAUUGAAGUAUACCAAGAAUGGCGUGUUUCGUCGAUUCGCCUUCGUUGGGUUUAAGACGCAUACCGAAGCCCAAAGAGCUUUAAAACACUUCAAUGAUACUUUUAUAGAUACCUCGAAGAUACAGGUUGAAGUUUGUAAGGAUUUAGGGGACGAAACGGCGCCCAGACCGUGGAGUAAGUAUUCUGAAAAAAGUUCAGCGUUUCAAAAGAAGGCCCAGAAAGUGGAGCAAAGGAAAAGAGCACUGGAGGGGACAGCGGAUGAGGGGAAAUCGGGAGAAGUGGUUAAAAAGAGGAAAAAGGGAAGUGCUGUGUUAGCAGAGUUGGAAGAUGAUAGCAGUUUUAAGGAAUUUUUAGAAGUUCAUAAAACUGGAAGCCAGAAGAAUAUUUGGAAUAAUGACGAACAACUUGAAGUAUUGAAGAAAGAUGAAAAACAAGUGGCUAAAAAGGUGAAGUACCAUUUUUUAUUUUGGCCUGAUUUACGCGAUACCAGAUUUGCUUGUCACAACAUCGAAUUUAAGUGUUUCAGGAGUAUCUUAACACAUAAAGUUGCGAUGAUACGAGAAAAUAUAACAAAAUGUUUAAAGGGAGAAACGUACUUGUGGGCAGACAUUAGACAGAAUAGAUCGAAGAUGCAGACGUCAAAGACGGUGUCAAAAUGGUGUGGCAUAUCCAUACAUGGGCACAACACGCCAUUUUCACGUCAUCUUUGACGUCCGCGUCCUCGAUCUAAAUCUGUCUAUUACUCCUGAAUGCACAUGUUGAUGUUGUAUUAAAAAGUGAAUCCAGUGUCGUGUAACCAGGGCCUCUGAUUAACCAAUGUUUACCUGGCGUCAUUGAUUGCCUGAGCUACUUUACAUUUGCCAGAUUUCCAUCUCGGGCAAGGAAAAAUUGUUUGUUUUAUAUUUGUGUAUAAACAUGUCAGACAAGUCAAAUACACACUUCCAGAACGGUGUGUCACAUUGGCUAUAGAGUCUUGAUUUUAUGAUUGAGAUGCUGGGCUUUAACUGGUGUCGUAUAUACUGGAAAACAAGACUAUAGCCAAAGAGAUGUAUUUUCUGGAAGGGUGUAUUGUCUGUAUGGUCCAUCUUGACAGAUGUGUCUGUGCAUGAAUACAGUAUAUAAGUAUAUAACAAGCUAUCAUCAUCACAAACUUAUUCCAGUCCUGUAGUUUGUGGGAUAGUUUGUUUCAGGACUAUAUUGCCAGUAUAGAUUGUGCUUUGCUAACUAGUUCAUCUGUGGUCAGUGAUAUUCUGUGGUCAAUUAAAAUGCUCAAGAAUUUAACUUGACAAAAAAGCAAAGCAUUAUCUCCUUCAUGAAUAAAAUCAUCUGGCAUUAGACUGAGUAAAAUAAUAAAGUAAGGUGCAAUGAAACUGAGUAAAUGGGUUUAAUUAAAAUAAUUUUCAGGAAAAAUUGAAAUUUGAAGACUCGAGUGAAGACAGUGAUGAAGAAAUGAAUGAUAAUGAAGGUAUAAUUAUCGCUACUAUUCGUAAUAUAUGUUAACUCAAAAACUUGUUUAUCAAUCUUUAAAUUCAGUAAAUUUUUUUGUGUGAGAACAGCUGCAGACAAACCAUUGGAAAUGGACACUGACGAACAACAAACUGGUUCAAAAGAAGCAGUGAAUGUAACUUUGUCUGACAUGGACUACCUCAAGAAGAAAAUGACGUCAGAAGACAACGUGAAUGAAACUGAAGAAAAAACUGAAGCCAAAAACAAAAAGAAGAAAAAAUCAAAAAAGAAAAAAGACGUCAAUAAAGAUGAAAAGCAAACAACAAAAGACAAUUCAAGCUUGGAGAAAGAAGGAACGGAACUGGCAGAAAACCAAAAUGAAACAAAAGAUGUUAAAUCUGAAGAUUUUGAAAGGAAAUCAGAAUUCACCGUUAAGCUACGAGGACUUCCAUUUCAUGCCAAGAAAAAAGACAUUGAAGAGUUUUUAUCUCCGCUUAAAAUUCUUGACAUCCGUAUGCCAAAGGACAGCAAGAAUCGUCCGAGUGGCCGAGCGUAUGUAGACCUCGAGAGUAAGGAGUGCAUAAAAGAAGCGCUCAAGAGACAUAAGGAUUAUAUCAAGGGACGAUACAUUGAGGUGUUUGAGGACAAGAGAAGAGAAAUGAAGAAAGAUGAAAUGGAAGAUGAACCACCGUGGAUGGAGAAUGCAAAAGAAUUAGCAGCGAAUAAAGAUUUGUCAAUUGCUGAGGUUCGAUUUUAGACAAAGUUAAAUAAAACUAGUUUUUUUACCCAUUGAGUUCUAGUGCCAUUUCCUUGAUGAGUAAAUUUAAAUCAUCUGACUGGUGUUAGCUAAACAAAGUAAAAUAAUAAAGUAGCAAGUGCUGGCCAUAGGGAGCAAUGCAACUUAAUAGGUUGAUGUAUAUGUUUGAAAAUAUAAAGUGGAGCCAGCUUUACCCCCUUGAUGAGUGAAAUCGUCUGGCAUUAGACAGAGUAAAAUACUAAAGUAGGGUGCAUCUGGGCAUAUUGCCACUUAAAGGGUUACAGGUGCAUAGGCAGAGUCUGAUUAACCCAUUGUGUGGCAGCACUUUCCCCCUGACGAGUAAAAUCAUAUGGCGUUAGACAGAGUAAAAUAAUAAAGUAGGGCACAUCUGCGUGCAUUGCCACUUAAAGGGUUAAUAAUGCCCAAUGCUCUUCCCCUUGACUUAUAAGUUAACAAGAGACAAGGACACCACAGUAUAUUGAUGUCGAUGUUUGUAUCUUUAGACAGGACGACUUUAUCUUCGUAACUUAUCCUACGCUUGCACAGAAGAAGAGCUAUUGGAAUUAUUUUCUAAAUAUGGUCCCACCACCGAGGUGUUUGUUCCAAUAGAUAAACACAGCAAUCAAUCCAUGGGUUUUGCUUUUAUCACAUUCAUGAUGCCUGAGCACGCUGUUCAGGCAUUUAAUGAACUAGAUGGUCGCGUGUUUCAGGGACGACUGCUUCACAUCUUGCCUGCUAAGCCAAAAAGGAACACUGAUACAGGAGAUAUCAUUGAAGAAGGUUUUUAUUUCAUCUGUUUAUUUGCAAAAAGUCAUUUCCUAAGAAAUGAAUUUAGGUCUAUUUUUUAUCGGUGGUCUUCAGAGAGUGUUGUUAAUAUAACUAAUCCUGCUUUUUAGAAGAUGAAUCGUCCUACAAGAAGAAACAAAAGGGGAAAGUGGCGUCUCUAAAAAGCAAAGAACACAACUGGAACGCACUAUUCCUUGGUGUGAACGCAGUUGCAGAAAUAAUGGCGGAUAAAUACAAGUCUAACAAAAGUGAUGUCUUAGAUGUGCAGUCGAAAGGAGGUUUGGCAUUGCGAAUGGCACUUGGUGAAACUCAAGUCGUUGCAGAGACGAAAGAAUUUCUUCUUAACCAUGGUGUUAAACUGGACGCAUUUGGUCAGGUGAGUUGGUUUGAAGAGAAUUUAUAUGGAAAAUUUGGCAAUUGAUGACUAUCAAUGAGUGUGGGGAAAUGUCCAAGAUUUGGAAGUUUACGAGUCCAAUUUACACACAAGAUUACUACAUACAAUGAAACAAUUAAUGUUUUGAUAGUGUUUAGGAAAUCCACGUGCAAUAAACAUUUGAAUGAAAGUUUCUGUUUUUCUGCAGCCAGAUGCAAAGCGUAGUAAAACGGUGAUUAUUGUCAAGAAUCUUCAACAUGGCACAAAAUUACAAGAUCUUGAAAACCUGUUCUCGCCAUUCGGUCACCUUGGUAAGAUCAUCUUGCCGCCUUCAGGCGUCACAGCUUUGGUGGAGUUUGAAAAACUGAGCAGCGCUGCAAAGGCUUUUGAAAAGAUUGCUUAUACCAAGGUAAUAAAGUGAAUUACUGUAAAACUAUAAACUAACUUUAUAUCAUCCAUUAUUUGUCCAGUGUUACUACAGGAGGAAACCUGAAUGAAACUAACUUUAUCUAUACUGGAAUAGUUCAAUCAGUUCUAAACUGUUCUUCCUAGAGGUCCAGUAAGGAUCAUCUCUUAUUGAUCCAGUGUUACUACAGAAGUAAACCUAAACUAAACUAACUUUAUUUAUACUGGAUAGCUCAGUUAUAUGCUGUUCUUCACACGACAUAUUUGUACUGUACAUAAAUAUCAGAGCCUGUUUUUGCAUUUAGUUUAAUAAUGUACCGCUGUAUCUGGAAUGGGCGCCAGCUGAUGUCUUUGAUACAGAACGGCCAAGCAAACAAAACGAAAAAAAUGAGGAUGAAGAUGUCCUUGAUAGCGAAGAGCAACAGGGUUCAGGUCAGAACUCCCUUUUCAAAUGCCAGAACAGCCUUUUCAAAUGCCAGAACUCCAUUUUCAAAGGCAGAACUCCGUUUUGCAAAUGCCAGAACUCCGUUUUCAAAUACGAGCGCGAGUUGUAACUAGCGGGGAUUUAAGUUUUGUUGUGUGUUAUAUUUUAGAAUCCGACAAUGAAACGUCAGAGGGACAUGUCUUAUUUGUUAAAAAUUUGAAUUUUGAUACGAAUGAAGACUCGUUAAAAGAGGUCAGUUGACACGAUAGUCUUUAUUUCUGGCUAUUUUACUUACGAGAAUAUUGUCAUGCAACUAAUCAGAUUCUAAUUUGCUUCUCUACAAUCUUCUGUACAGCUUUUCAACGAGGCUGGUAAAGUUGCCAAUGUUACGAUUGCGAAGAAGAAAGAUUCCAGGAAUAAAGGUACAAUGGUAUUAUUGAAAAUUUAGAAACUAGAGACCAACUUUAUUUUCUGUUAACUUGUGUUGUGGUUCCAGGUGCAAUACUGUCUAUGGGGUAUGGCUUUGUGGAAUAUAAAACUAAGAAAUCUGCUCUGAAUGCGAUCAAGAAAUUACAGGUAUUUGAAAUACUACGUGAGGCUAUGUAAGGCUUACACCAGCGGCGCAAAAAGCAACUAUUCGAUACGGAAUGUACAACUUUCAGAAGCUGAGCGAAACAACAUUUCUCCGUUGCAAUAAUUCCUCUGAAAAUAGCGUUCCUAAAAGGUACGGAUAGAUGUUUUUUUCACGUCUUUACGGUAUAAACGUAAGUAUAAACGUAGUCUAAGUUCACAUCAGAUUGAAAUGUGUAAUAUAUACUGUACAAAUUAUAUUGUACUGUACAAUAUAGCAAAUGCUGAAAAGAAUUGAUUGAUUGUAUUUUCUCUAAUAGAACUACGAAUUAGAUGGACAUAACUUGGAACUGAAAAUAUCCAACAAGAUACAGUCGUACGUUUUUCAUGCAGUAAUUCUCUAAGAUGUGAAAAUUUUUUGCGGCUGCGGCAUUCAACAAUAUGUUUUUCGUUCUUCAGGCAAGAUGUGGUAAAGAGAAAAUCAUCUUCCGGUACAAAGCAGAAAUCGUCCAAGAUCUUGGUUCGUAAUGUUCCGUUUGAAGCCACGCAGAAAGAGCUCAGGGAACUCUUCGGGACAUUUGGGGAACUGAAGACGGUUCGUUUACCCAAGAAGUUAUCUGGCACUGGACCUCAUAGAGGAUUUGCAUUUAUCGAUUUCCUUACGAAACAAGACGCCAAGGUAAGUACUGUAAAUGACGCGCUUUGUAAUUUUACUAAUUUACACGUAAAAAUCUCACAACUUGUCAACAAAAUGUAUUCGCAACAGGUUUGUAACAAGCUUGCCAACAAGUUGUAACGAUGCUGUUAUUUUAUUAAUUUGCUACAAGGUUGUUACUCACAACUUGUUGACAAAUUGUUGAAUUGCAGGACGAUAACAAGUUGUUGGAACAACUUGCAACAAGUCUGUUGAGCUUAACAACCUUGUAGCAAGUUGUCAACAAGCUGGGAACAAGCAGUGCGAACACAUCCUGUUGACAAGUUGUUGGAACAGCAUUGUUACAAGUCUGCUGCAGGUUUGUUACAACUUGUGCGUUUUUACACGUGUAUGAGAAAUGAAACGUCAUGUUGCGAUGAAAGAGAAAAUGCUUUUUACUGUGUAACAAUAGCAAUCCGAAAAUUCGUCCAUUGCUAACAGAGAAUACUUUUCCAGAGGGCGUUCAAGUCAUUGUGUACUAGUACUCAUUUAUACGGACGACGUUUGGUAUUGGAGUGGGCAGAUGACACGGAGAGUGUUGAUGAACUGAGGAAAAAGACUGCGGAUUAUUUCCAUGAACGUAUCCUUUGCAUUGAUUAUGUGUUAAUGCCAGUUUAGGAACUGUAACUGAUGUUUGGUGGUUGUGGUGAUGGGUGAGUGUUGUUGCUGAAUGAUGGUGAUUCAUGAUGAUGGUUAGUGAAUUGGUGAUUUGAUGAUUGAUGGUUAGUGAUGGUGAUACAUGAUUAAUGAUAGUGGAUGAUGAUAGACAAUGGUUAGUGGAUGGUGGAUGAUGGUGAAUGAUUGAAUAAUGGUGGAUGAUGAUUAGUGAUAGUGGAUGAUGGUGAUUGAUGGAUAAUGAUGAUGGAUGAUAGUGGAUGAUGGUGAUUGAUGGAUAAGAUGAUGGAUGAUAGUGGAUGAUGGUGAUUGAUGGAUAAUGAUGAUGGAUGAUAGUGAUUGAUGGAUAAUGAUGAUGGAUGAUAGUAGAUUGAUGGUCAUCUGAUGGUAUUUAAUGAUGGUGAUGAUUCUUAACCUGGUGUUUAGCAAAAAAGAAGGUGAAAGCAAAAGAUUUGACAGAUGAAUUGGAUGGGCAAUAAAUUUCCUACAAUCGACAAUGAGUCAAGUCUGAGAGUUUGAAUCGAAAUUGCUAUUCAGUUAUUGGUAACGUAUUAAUGAAAUAUUCAGCUUACUUGCUUGAAAGGCUUGCCAUUAGUUGCAAUCACAGCUAAUUAUAUCGAUGUCAACUGUGUUAACAUAAAAAAAAUUUUUAUUAUCUCAUAAAACAAAACAAAACAGCAAAAAUUUGUGUGAAAAUAAAUACAAAUAUUAUCAUAUAUUUAACACAAAAUAAAAAAUAUCACUAAUUAGUAUUUAAUAUAAGCUCUGAAGCUCAGACUAGGUCUGUUGCUCAACUUGGUCAAGUCUAUCUAGGUGCAUUGCUUCUUUGAUUCUUGCCAAUCUCUUUUUGUUAAAUUGGUUGUCGUAGAAUGGCACAAAAAAGAAAAUCUAUUGAAAAAGAAAGGAUAGUAUUUAGUAUUUAGUUGUCAGAGUUAGGUAUUUAAUAUGUUAUGUUUACUGUGGCCUGGAAAAUUAUAAUGUACUGUAACCUUACUAGUCUGCUUCGCAGUCACUCUUUUUGUUGACUAUAACCUUACCGUGUUAAAGACAAAAGAUAAAGGAACCCAUACUGGUAGUAGACCUGACGAGAAAGAUCUGGCCUGAAACAAAUAAUUGAAUUUUAAUUACUCAGAGUAUAUUGUAGUUAAGAAUUAAGAGUUAAUUACUGAUACUAACUUUGCUUAUACUUUUGUUGGAAUAACCCAGCUGCAUGGUCAUGAUUUUACUUUGGAAACCGAUAUGACAUGUACAGAAAAAGCAUGUGUUUCUGUUUUAUUAAACUCAAUGACUUACUUUCCCUUCAGUGCCAGAAAAUUGACCGGGAUAGAAUUCAAUUUCAACAAUAUCCAGCCAUUCUGCUUUUGUAUAGCUAAAAAUCUGGACAAUAUUUCUCUCUCUAUCAACCUAAA